UUAUUAUUGACAGUUCCUCGUUGCUGUUCUGUCGUAAAUUAUUUUUUUGCUUUUAUUUAAUUAUUACCCAGUUUUUUUUUUCAUAUUAUUAGUAAUCUUAAUGUGUUACUUAAUUUGUUUUUAACAUCAUUAAUACAAUGAAAGAUAAAGCUUCGGAUAAAAAGUUAGUGCAAGCCCGUCUUCCAUUCAAAACCCUAAGUCCACAUUCAACAGGCGUUGAUAAAGGGUCAAUUGCCAAAAAACGUAAAUUAUCCAAUGCCGGCCAAGAGGAGGAGGAAGUGAUAAAAAAAGUCUUUGUAAAAGAGAAUAUUGCUAAUAGUGCAGAUGUUGAAAUUAUUGAAGACGAUAGUAACGGUGCUGUAGAAAAGGACAAAUCUUUAAUUAACCCUGUGGUUCGUAUAGUUGACAAUGUCGACGAACUUAUUCAAAAAGCGAAGGAUAAGGCUGAACAUGAAGAUUCAAACAAUGAUAGUAGUAGUAAUAAAUCUAAAACCGAAUCUGUGAUAUGUAUAGAUGAAAUAAGUGAGGACAGUAGUGAGUCAAAAGAUGAAUCUGAUUCUUCUCAGAAGUUAGAUAAUUCAAUUGUUGAUGCUAAAAAUGAUGAAGAUGAUACUAAGGGUGAAAAAACGAAUGAAACAUCAGUAAAUACACCUACUCAAACUAAAAAAUCUUCAAAACAAUUACAGAGGCAGCAAGAAUCAGCAAAGAAGAAGGAAGAGAAAGAUAAAGCUCGCCAGGAACAAAAAAGAUUAAAACAAGAAGAAAAAGAACUACGUCUAAAACAAAAACUUGAGAAUGAAGAACGCAAAAAGAAAGAGAAAGAGCAAAAAGAAGAGCAGCGCCGCAAAGAGAAGGAAGACAAAGAAAGACAAAAAAGGCUGGAAAAAGAAGAACGUGAAAAAAAGCGUCUCUCAGAAAUUGAGUUAAAAAAUGAAGAAAGGAGACUGAAAGAAGAAGAUAAGCGAAAGAAAGAGGAGCUUAAAGAGGAAGAAAGGAAAAAGAAAGAGUUAGAAAAGGAGGAAGCAGAACAAAAACAGAGAAAAGCUGCUGCUGCAUUUGCUAACUUCUUUCAAAAGAAAGUUGUCGAAGAUAGCAUUGUUGAAUCUAAAACUGAUGAAAAGGUUACUGAAAAAGAACAGAAUAAUUUUAUGCCGUUUUGUUUGAAAGUUGAUAUGAAAUUAGCACCUGUUAAUAGGUUGAUUUUGAACGAGGAUAGCAAAGCAAGAUUGGAUGCUAUUAUCAAUUCAUCUGUGGAGGAACCUACUUUAUAUAUAACCGCCAUAAAGGAUCCUAAUUAUAAAAAGGGUAGAUCUUCAAAAACGUGGAAUAAUUCUGAGAAAGAUAUAAUUAUCAUAGAAGAAGGAGAAGCAAUAGUGGAGAGCGAUACUCCAAAACAACAACAUAGUAGACCUAAGUUGUUGCAGUUUCACGAAAAUCGAAGACCUCCGUAUUGGGGCACUUGGACAAAAUUCAGUGACCAUGUGAAACCCAGAGCUCCAUUCGGUAGAGAUAAGAUUUUGGAUUAUGAAGUGGAUUCUGAUAGUGAAUGGGAAGAAGAAGAACCUGGUGAGAGUUUACAUGGAUCUGAUGAUGAAAAAGAGAAAGAUGAAUCUGAAGAUGACUAUGAGGUUGAUAAUGAUUUCUUUGUUCCUCAUGGAUAUCUCAGUGAAGAAGAACAGAAUGAUGCUGAAGAAAUAGAGAGCAAUUCAGCAGAAGAUAUGAAAGUAAAACUGAAACUUCUCCAGAACGAAUUCAACGAAGAAAUGAAAAAGAAAACUGAGAAAAUUAAACCCCGGUUGUACGGAUGCAUUUGGUCCAAUGCAGAUGGCUCUAAACCUGAAAAAUGCGUCGAAUCAAUAUGGAACAUGUUGAAUCAGUAUUCAAUGAUCUAUGAUAAGCCGCUAGUGCUCAAACCUGAAGUGGAUUCUUCAACGGCUGAUAGUGAUGCAGUGCACACAGGUCCUGGUUGUAAAUUAACUAAAUUUCCAGAUAAUCUACUACCAGAUUUAAUCAGAUUAAUUCACGGUAAUGAGUACAGUAGAUUAUUUUUAAUUAAGGAGUUCUAUACAUAUGUGAAGAAGAACAUCGAAAAACAAGAUAUAUCGAAAUCUUCGAUUGGUAGAAAAAUUCAUGAAAUUGCUAAGUAUAAAACUGUACAGCAAGACAAUACAGGAUUAGUUAGAAGAUGUUGGUUUGUUGCAGAAAAUUAUAGACAAGACCACAAACUUACUGAUUUGCCUCUGGUCAACCAGUGGGAAUAUAGUUUGAAACACAAAAAAUUAGAAAAAAACCUAUCUGAAAAUUCACCUAUAACAACCAAGAAAAAAAUUGAUAAAACAAACUUGAACAUUUCAAAAUUCACAAAAGUAUUGGAUAAUGAUGAGUUGGCUAAGCAGUUCAAGCCUGCUGCAGAAGUUAAGAAGCGCGUUGCUCUUGUAUCGGUGCCUGUUGGAUCCAAAUUCCCAAAUAAAACUUCAAGCGAAAAUGUACAAAAUAAAACUAAUGCUGAAAUAAAAAAAGAAGAGAAGCCACCUAGUACAAAAUCAAGAGUAAAUCUAUUAACAAGUUUUAUAAACCGCGCUGAAACAAAAUAUGCUAAAGAAGCUGAAAGUGGGACUGAAACUGCUCCACAAGAUCACAAUGAUCAAAACGAAGAUUGCAUUAUGCUUAGUGAUUAAUAAAUUGAGUAGCAUAAUCAUAAUUAAUAUUUAUGAAUUAUUGAUAGACAUACUAAUAAUCGAUUGCCUCUUUUAACUGGUAUGAGGUUGUAAGCUAUCCAUAUAAAGUUAAAAU